GUCUCUGCAGUCAGCAGUAGCUUUAUGAUGGCUGGAGGACACCGUUUGCUGCUUCUGCUUCUUCUGGGGGGAGUUCUUCAAGACAUGGGAUCUGAAGGGCAAAAUACUACAGAAGAACCCAACCUCCAGAGAACUACCAACAUCAGCCUGCAUAUGACAUUUGUCUCCGCUGAGGAUUCUGGUCUCCUAUUCCUUGCAUCUGGAGAAGCCCAGUAUCUGCUAGUAGAGCUGGUCAAUGGGACCAUCAGGGCUCGAAUGAAAAAAGACAAAAGAGAGUCCAUACUGUCCUUUCCAAAAUGGACAGAUCUGAAGAAUAGUGAGAACCACAAAAUAGGUUUACAAGUUACAGAGUCUCAGAUGAUUUUAACACUGGACAACUUGACCCAUAUUUUGGAUCUUUCAUGGCCCCAUCAGAAACUGUUCACAUAUCACAGCAUCUUCCUUGGUGGAGCUGGUGGAAAUAAUACUCCAGAUGAUUUUGAACCAAUUCCUACAUUUCGUGGCUGUAUCAUGGAAGCUAAGUUCGAUAAAAUGGACCUGCUUUCUGGAUCUUUUCCCCAAGUAGAGCUUCAUGGACAAUGGGAAAUUUGUCACUCAGACUUUCAGACUAGUACUACUGGAUCCUUUGGAUUCAUCGGAUCACGUUCAUAUAUAAAGUUUCCAAAUUGGAAUAUGAAACCAUUUGCAUCUAUUGAAAUAACUCUGGAAACCCCUAGACCAGGGCGCGCACCUUUGAUUUACCAACCAGGACUACAAAAAUCGUACUUAUAUGUUGAAAUUGCCGGUGGUCAAAUCCAGGGAGUGUUUGACUCUGGAGUAUCAGCUGUAAAGUUUCAAAACCCAAUAUAUAUUAGUGACAGCCAGAUCCAUACUAUUCAGAUUUCUGUGGACAGUUCCAAUAUACAGUUGACUGUGGAUAAAACUUCCACCCAGAUCUCUCUUAAUAGCAUGCAACAAAAAUGGGAUAUCAAUGGUGAUCUUUAUCUCGGUGGUGUGGAUGACAUCACUUUAGCUAAGAUGCGGGAGGGUCCUCUUGGUAACAUUUUCAUAGAUGAUAUGGAGUAUAAAUCAUUUUCUGGAUGCAUUAUGAACUUGAAGAUUAACUCUAAGAGGAUGGAAAUACAUGACGCCUUGACAAGUAGAGAUAUAAUAGAUGGUUGUCAUGAAUAUGAUGACUAUGGAGAAUAUGAUGACUUCAUCACUACCAUCAUUCCCACAACAGCUCAAACAAUUUUUGAGAGUCUUUAUGACAUUUGCAAGCUGAAACCCAAUACAGCCAAGCCAAAACUUCUUCUCAACCCUAUGCCUUUAGCAGUAGCUAGGGGGCAAUCUGCCUUUCUUGAAUGGAAAAAUGUUCAACCAGCAAUUGACUUGGACAAAGUUGGAUUACGCCAAUCUCAGCUAGUUUUUAGUUUAGUUGGCAACACUCAACAUGGACAAUUGGAACUUGGAAUACCAGGAGGUGAAACAAGAAAAAAAUUUACAUUGCUAGAUAUCAGCAGUCACAGAGUGCGAUACAUCCAUGAUGGGUCAGAGUCAUAUAACGAUCAAUUAAAUCUGGAGAUAUCGUUAGCCAGUGGAAUAAAUGUCCCUGAGUGUCUAAGAAAACCUCAGCAGUUUAAUCUUACAAUAUUUGUUUCUCCUUAUAUUGCUACUCCUCUUAUUCAGUUUCCUAAAGGGAAUACAUUUUGGGUUUUACCAUAUGGACAAAAAGUUUUAACAAUGGAUAUUAUUGAGAUAACAGACUUAGAUACACCAUGUGACUUGCUCACCAUUUAUGUUAUUGGAGAUACCAAACAAGGACAAUUUGAAAUUCAGGGCACGCCUGGAGAAGCUGUUCCUGAAUUCUCUUGCAAGGAUUUUGAAGCAGGUCAAGUGAUUUUUGUGCAUAAGUCUGGACAGGGGGCACAUUUCACAAUACAGGUCAGUGAUGGCACAUCAAGAAGUUCUCCUGAGCUCAUAAAUUUUUUAGUGUUAGAGCCUCUAAUAAAUAUAACUCAGAAUGCACUAGUUGUACACCAGGGAAUGUCUGCAUUAAUUACACCUUCCAACCUCCCUUUGGUCACUAAUGCAGAUAAACUGGGAAUGGAAGUUACCUAUCAACUCCUUGACUACCCCAGGCUAGGUAUGGUACAAACAUUUGUACCUGGAGAAGGCUGGAAGGCAACUGAUACCUUUAAUCAACAUGAUCUAGAAAGAUCUGGCGUAAGAUACCAAAGUGCAGAAUCAGAACUUCGAGGAGAAGAGUUAAGUGAAGACAUGAAAGUUCAACUAAAACUAGGUACACAGGUUGUGACCAAUAACACAUUUCAGGUCAAAGUAAAGAGAUCAACUUUACAGAUGAUGAGGAUGGUUUCUCUAAAGUUAGGAAAGAAACGUGAUGUGAAUCUAACAGACAAAUAUUUGCAAGUAGACACAAGCAUGACUGGUCCUGAGCUAGCAUCUUUUGUAUACUUCAUUGUUCAGUCUCCACGGAAAGGAAAUCUACUGUUAGAUGGAAGGAGGAUAAUGGAAGGAUCCCAUUUUACCCAGGAAGAUGUGAACAAUGGACAUGUCAGCUACGCAGCUACAGUGCGAAAUACUAUGGAGAUGGAGGACCAGGUUCAAUUUCAAGUAUUACAUAACAGUAGAAAUUCUCCAAUCUUUACAUACAAGAUUCUAAUUGGUGUAGAUCCUGAUGCACCACAACUUACUAAUCAACUACUUCAUGUACUAGAAGGUGAAACAGGGUCAAUAACCCAAGAUCACCUUUUCAUAAAAAGCAGCAGAAGCACUAGUUUUAUUUAUGAAGUAAUUGAUGGACCUCAGCAUGGGACUUUAAUCCGAAAAGGAAAUACUCAAUCUGGCCAUGAGGAAGGAGUGACAGAGUUUACAAAUGAUGAUAUUCUUGAUGGCCUUCUUUUUUACAAGCACGAUGGCUCAGAGACCACUGAGGAUGAUAUACCAUUUGUAGUGUUUAGGCAGCUUGAGGGAAGUGCCUCCGAGACCAGUGGAGAAGGAGAGGAUAAAGAAGAGGAAGUAGUGCGAGAUGUUUUCCGUGUAUCUAUUCAGCCUGUUAAUGACAACGCUCCUAAGCAAAUAGUACAUAAAAUAUUCAAUGUAGUUCGUGAUGGACAGAAGUUGUUGACUACCAAUGACAUUGCAUUUUUAGACACAGACUCAGGAACAACAGAUUCACAAAUAGUUCUAGUUAGGUACGGGGUGUCAUUUGGAAGAAUUGUAUUUGUGGAUGAUCCAUCACUUGUAGUUAUGAGAUUCACACAAGAUGAUAUCAGAAGGCACAGAAUUCUCUUUAUACAUAGUGGUCCUGACCAAGGUUCAAUACAAUUACAGGUAUCUGAUGGACUACAUCAUCUUACCACUAUUUUAGAGGUCCACGCAUCUGAACCAUUUAUUAAUAUUUCCAACAUUACUACACUUAAUGUGCUCUUAGGAGGAAAAGGAUCUCUGACAACAACGAAUGUUAACAUAGAGACCAACUUGGACUUGCGUGCAGAUGAUGAAAUAAAAUAUUACAUCAAAACUAAGCCAAGGUGGGGAGACAUUUUAAGGGGUGGAAAACCUACAGAGUCAUUUUCACAGCAGGAUUUAGCAGAUGGACUGGUAGUUUAUCGGCACAGUGGAGAAGGAAGUAACAGGGAUCAUUUCAGGAUUUCAGUUGAGGCCAACCAGGUGGAAGCAGUAGGUGACAUCAAGGUACAAGUAAUCUCUGACUCACCACCUGUGCCUUUGAAAGUGAUAAACAAUGAGAAAGUAUAUGUUUUUCAAGGUGAAGCAGCAGAGAUCAAGAAAGAAUAUCUUUUGGUCUCUGCCGAGGGCAUAUUUCCUGAUAAAAUUGCAUACAGUCUUACAGGUUCUCCAUAUUUUGGCCACUUGGUUUCUGUUAGUGGAGAACUAUCUUCUGAUGGAUCCCCAAGCUUGGACUUUGUAUAUACGUUUACUCAGGAGGAUGUUAACAAGGGAAGGAUCUUGUAUUUGCACUCGUCCACAGACAUGCUCCCUGACCAGAUGAUGCUAGAAGUGUCUGCAGGCGGAACAACUCUAGAGAUAGUGGUUCCCCUUGAGAUAAUAUCUGUCUACAUACCCUUGGAAGCAAAUGAACUGAUGGUGGUGGAGGGUGGGACAACUGCCUUAUCCAACAAUAUUCUUCAAGUCCCCAAUGACUACUACUUGGGUCUCAACUUAGACCUGAUAAUACUUGAAGGUCCAAAAAAUGGGCGUAUUAUAAAUGCAGAGAAAAAUGAUUUACGAGACUUCAGUUGGAAUGAGCUGGAACAAGGGCGAGUAUUUUAUGAACAUGAUGGCAGCGAGACCAGGAACGACAGCGUCACUGUUAUGGCCAAUGCAUCAGAUGUGAACCACCACAGCAAGGCAGUAACAAUCAGUGUUAUUAUCCAGGCUGUAAAUGAUGAGAAGCCACGUGUGGUCACCAAUAAUGGGAUGCAGAUCCUGGAGGGUGACACCGCUGUUAUCACCACUGACGCCCUGCACACUGUUGAUGAUGACUCCGUACCUGAAGACAUUGUAUAUUCUUUUAUCCCACCGUCAAAUGGAGAGAUCAUUGUGAGGGGCUUCCCCGGGAGAGUUUUAAGCUUUUCACAAAGGGAUUUGGAACUGGGAAUGGUGCAGUUCAUGCAUACAGGAGAGCUGGAUGGAGGAUUCCUAUUCAAAGUUUCAGAUGGAGAAAAUGAAUCAGAACAAUUAUUUUUCCACAUCCAAGCAACACCAAUCACAAUCACUAUGGAAUCAUUGCAUAGCCUUGUAGUGUGUCCACGUUCUCUUCAACAAAUCACCAACCAACAUCUGAAUGCAGCGACCAACGAGCAAAAGGGUACUCCGCCUGUACUAGUGUAUCACAUAGAAAAUCCUCCACAGAUUGGUAAAAUAAUACAUGGAGGAAACAGCCAGGUGUUGACUAACUUUACUCAAGAAGAGGUAGAUGCGGGCUUCAUAUUUUAUCAACAUGUUGAGUCACCAAACCCAUUUUGGAGCACUCAAGAUUUAUUUUCAUUCCAUGUACAAUCUCCACGUGCAAGUUCCCAGAAAUAUGUAUUCAAUGUGACGGUGACAUUCCAGAGUUCAUGCCCACAACUGCAUACAAAGCUCUGGAAGAAUACAGGUCUCAGUAUUCAACAGGGUGGUUCUUCAGCAAUAACACUAAACUCCCUUGAUGCUUCAAACCUUCUGGCACAUUCAAGCUUCUCAAAACUCACACGUGAUAUCGUUUUCUUGAUCGUCAGUCUUCCUUCACAUGGUUAUCUCUCCAUCAAUGGUGUAACUCUUAACCCAGAAAAUCCAUAUUUCUUACAGUCUCAUCUGGAAAAUGGAAGUGUUUUCUAUACCAAUAUCAAAUCUGAGAGCCUUGUAGAUAGCUUUAAGUUCAAGGCCCAAAUCAGGCCUAAAUCUAGUUCUUUCCAUGAACUUGGUGAUGUAUUAACCAUAAGAGAAUCCUUUAAUAUAACAGUUACCAGUGCUCCCAUUCUACCUUCUAGUAUAUCUCCACCAAAGUCAAAGAUACAACUAGCAGUGGGCUCAAAUAUUUCACUUACUGAAGACCAUUUAUCUUUAGAUCACUCCCUUGCCUCUCCAGAUAACAUAGUUUACACAAUAUUGGACUUACCACUAGGUGUAUCGGUGGAAACACGUGGAAACCAAUCUACUCAAGUCUUGCAGUUCACGCAAGAAGAUCUUGCCAGGUCAAACCUCAUCCUCUUGGCUAACCAAACUGCAGUUUCAGGAGAAAUCCGAUUUAAUAUUACAGAUGGAGUGCAAACUCCUUUUCUAGGAAAUCUGCCUAUAAAGGUUCUCUCAUCCCAUCAGACUAUUCUCGAAGUCAAACAGGUGCCUGGAAGAUCUAACAUUACAUUAGGACAUAUCUCCCCAACACUCGACAGAAUGGCAAGUACAUAUGUGUAUAAAUUAACAAGGAAGCCAAGUUAUGGCCAGAUUGUAGUUGGCCAGGUGCCAGUAUCAGAGUUUCAAUGGGAUCAGGUAAACAACAAUGAAGUAUCCUAUGAAUUCACCAAUUUCCUGUCCACCCAAGAUGAAUUUGAAUUUGUUGCCAUCUCCCACAUGGAUGAGGAAUAUAUUGGAAAAGUGACAGUACAAGUAUCUGCAACAGUGAAGAUAGGAGACAGACAAAAGUGGCCAAGAGGAUGUACAAUUAAACUAGGGCCUGAAGCUAUCGAUGCAAGUGAACUUGGUACAUAUACAAAGAGCAUUCCACAGUUUAUAGUACUUCGUCAUCCCAGAAAAGGGAGGUUUGUGAGAUUUCCCUAUGAGAGUGGCAGAGGAGACAGGACAAGCACUAAUGUCUUCACACAAGUGGAGCUAGAAAGGGGACUUAUAGGUCUGGAAUUAUGGGAAGAUGACCAGAAUGGAUCUGACAUACAGAGUGACCGGUUCAGUCUACUGGUCAGUGCCGGUCAUGUGCCUCCAGCCAAUGUUACUGUAAGAUUCAACACUGUGCCAUACAAUUCUUCUAAUGCUGACCAUACCAUUCUGCUCAGCGCUCCUGAGACUUUGUCAACCACCACAAAUUCACAAACAUCCAGAACUGUGGAAGCCACACAUGAGAUGUUUGUCACUCAAACACAAACUACAAGUUCGGAGCCCACCACUCUUUUAGAAUCUAUAAGCAAAGAGUCAACAACACAAAUAGAAACAACCACAGACUUAAUUUCAACUGCUAACAAAUUAGUUGCCACAGUAGACAUGGUCUCAGCUACAAAUUCAACACAGACAACAAUUGUGGUACCUACAAGAACUUCUCAAAUGUUAACAAAUUCUACACAUUCUAACACUUUAUCACCAGACCUUUGGAUGUCAUCAGAAUACCUAAGUGAAAUCACUACUCAGGAUCUUACCUUGAACAGUUCAUUGAGCAUAAAUGCAUCCAGUUCUCCUAACCCAGAGGUGGAGGGCACAAUCCUUGGUUUCAUGAACUCACACGUGUACAGCAUUGUACUUCCUGUCUGUCUUGUAUUGCUCUUCAUUUUACUUGGUCUUCUUCUGCUGGCUUACUUUGUGCGUAAGAAAAAGAUGGGAAAGCAUCACAUCCAGAAAGUAGCAACAUCUGCAGCAAAGACUGAGAAUGGAGCUUCAGAAAAGCAAACAUUUCGUCCAACUGAGCCUGAUAGGGAUUUCCCUCUUUGUGAUGUUGGAGAUCAUAGAGGCAAUGGUGCUACUGGACAAACUGGCAGUCAGUACUGGGUAUGAACUCAGAAACAAAAGCUUCCCUGGAUUGGCACUAAACGCGGGACAUUUCCUCCCAACAACACUCAGGAUAGAGAGUGGGAUUACUAACUUAAGUACUCAGCACUUUUCUUGCAUUGUAAGUCUGCUCUAUAAAUCACGAAGAUCUUAAGAUAUUUGUCUUAUAACUGGGACACAAUCUACUGGACUCCAUAUUUUCUACCAAGUCUGUCCUAAAAUGUAACUAGUUUGCCCACAGGCAGCUUCCUGGCAUGUAUACAAUUGAAAAUGUGCAUUUUAUUUUCCUGCAGGGACAUGUAAUAUAUGCUUGAGGACCAUUAGGUAUGUUGAAGAGCUGCAAUAAUGGACCCAACUGUGCAAUACUGAGGCCUCCAUACAAUUUGUUGCAGAGGUUAAACCGGACUAAAAUCUAUGCAUAUCGAUCAGCUUUCCCAACCAAGCUGCUUUUGUAGAAGAAACCUUUCAGCAGAUUGCAGCUGUAUGCUUUUUUUUUUUACUAUUAUACAAAUUUUCUACUUCCUUGCAUCUGUUCCUUCUAAAGCCUCUUCAAAUAUUUUUUCUAAUUUGUUGUGGCAAAGUUCGGGUCUUUUUUCUGUGCUCCAAGUGGGACUAACAGUAUUGCAAGAGUCCAUUUUAGGGGAGACAGGACAACCAGCCAUUGUUUCAGAUUGCGCCAGACACAAUUGUCUUCUACACAAACCUCUUCCUACUGUCAGUGUCACUUUGUGUCAAGGGAUGUGUGUGGCCUAACUGGCUAAGCUGCAGGUUCCAGCAGUAACUGACCAGUGACCAAUUCUCUAGCCCAAAUGCAUUUGAUAUGUAUACAUUUCAACAGCGAUGUGACUGAUUUGGCUGCUCAUAGAUGCAUCCCAAACUUUCUUAGCAAUCGCAAACAAGGACUUUGAGCAGGUAAAAAGGGAACUGUCUAGGGAAAUCCAAUCCAGGACAUGACAGCAAUAGCUUCAGACCAUAUUAUAUGUUAUAACUUUUUGGGGUCUCGGACCAGAACCUGUCACAUACUGCCCCCUUAUUACUAAGAUUGUAAAUGUGUAUGUCUUAAAGGGACACUUCCUCCAGACAGGGGUAUUUAUUUAAACUCAAUUUUAAUAUAAUUUCCUUUUUACAAUUGAAUACAAAAUAUUGUCCUUCUGUAACAGUAAUCUCAGAGAGAUCAACGUUUUCAAUAGGAGAGUUCAGGAAUGUCAUUGUAUGGCUCUGCUGGAAGUACUCUCGUUAAAAUAGUAGGAUGAGUAUUGGAAUGACUAAAAGAAUGAUGUCUAUAUUGCCGGAAUGCUCAACCUGCAAAACUACAACUCCCAGCAUGCCCUAGUAGCUGUAGGCUGUCCAGGCAUGCUGGAAGUUGUAGUUUUGCAACAGCUGGAGGGCCGCAGGUUGGGCAUCCGUGCUCUAUUGUAAUUGAGUCAUCGCCCCUCACUCCUCCAUGGUCUGACUGAUAGUGUGAUUUUCUGCUGUGCUAAAAAUCCAAAGAAGAAGUAAAAGAUUCUGGUAGUGUGUAGCAAAAAGUAUACGUGGAAUGAUUUUAAAAAGUUAUAUCCACCUAUACAAUAUACACAUAAGUUAUUUUGUGAUCCAAAAAAUAUAAUGGAAGUGUCUCUUUAAUAAUGUCUAAGAGUAUCCAUGAACAAAAAGAAAUAAGCUGCAGUAAUCCAGACAUAUCCUACCUUAUUUUGAUGAAUUCAAAUGAUUUUCAAAGAGUUAAAUAUUAAUGACUCAUCCAUUGUAUUGUGAUUUUAAUUCUCUGAUAAGGGACUGAAUGUUCUGUUCCCACCCACAGUAUAGUAAACAUGAUAAAACAGGUUAGCCAGUAUUUCUCUAAGGCCUCAUGCAGACGACCGUUGUUUUGGUCCGCAUCCGAGCCGCAGUUUUUGCGGCUCAAAUGCAGACCCAUUCACUUCAAUGGGGCUGCAAAACAUGCAGACAGUUGCAUCCGUUGCUCCGUUCCGUAGCCCCCCGCAAAAAUUUCAUGUUUGCGGACAAAAAUUGGCAUUUCUACAAUGGGCCAAAGGCACACGGGCGGCUUCCGUUUUUUUGAGGAUCUGCGGUUUGCGGACAGCAAAAAAAUGGAACAGUCGUGUGCAUGAGGCCUAAUGCAUAUGGCGAGUUUUAGAAUGCCGUUACAUGUGCAGGUAUCAGAUUUGUUUUUCUCUGCUCUGACCAAUAUAAAUCGAAACUGGUUUGUGUAAAUGGCCAAGUGAACAGACUGAAUUCUAUCUCGUCUACCUGUCAGGCUUAGGAAUUUGUUCAGACACAAUGAUUUUAUUAUGUAAAUAGCAUCUGAAAGAUAUCGGAAAGACAACUCAUUAUAGCAAAUAGAAAUCAUUUAUUUUAAAGCAAGCAUAAUAGACAAGGAAGAUUAGAACAGGUUCUACCAUAAUAAAAUAUCUGGCCAAUUCCGAUGUACACGUUGGGUAAUAGUCCUGAUGUAUACAUCUGAAUCAGAACUGGUGUGAAAGGAGCCUAAGAAAUGCUGCACACACUCAUCAGCUUUAAAUUUAGUUGUAUGGGUGAUGGUCAGUAAUGCGCACCUAUGGGAGUAUUUAAUAGCAGACAUAAAUCAUUUUUCAGAUGUAUUCGUUUUCUGUUGUCCUCAUUCAUUUACUCACUUCUGGCCUUGGCAGCGUGUGUAACGUGUAUGGCCAAUAUAACAGUAUCUGUAAUUUCCCAUUCGCGGCCAAUUUAUCUUAGAGCAGAGCUCAGCAUGUUCCCUUGCAUCCCAGUCAUGGAUAUUCUAUGAAGCAAAAUACAGCCUCGCCAUGAUACUAUAUAUUGAAAAGUGACAAACUAACUACCUCAAUAUCAAAUCACCCAAAAAAGGAGCUUUAUGGACGGAGAAAAAGUGGAAGACAAAAGUUUAAAGUUUCAGAUUAAGACCUCAUGCAUACAACCGUAUGUAUAAUAAUUUUUUUUGCAGUCCGCAAAACGCGGAUGAGCAAAAUAUGGAUUCUGUCUUCAAUGGGUCAGUGGUCCGCAUUCAGUGUUCGAGAAUAGUACAUGUUCUAUCUUUUUGCGGAACGGAGAUGCGGAAAGCACAUGGAUCAUCAGUGUACUUUCUGCAUCUAUAUGUCCGUUCCACAAAAUGAGGACCAUGGACCAGAGGCCUACACAGAAUAUUUUGCACAGCACUGCUACACAUGUAAGUUUGUUACCAUGUGGAAACACUGUAUUGAGCAGAUGUGUCUGAAAAUAUGUGUCUGUCCACUACUAUGUGAUGACAUGACGUGGGUAGAACUAAACCUUCUUUCCAAAAUCCAAGACUUUCCUCCGAGACAAACAUAAACAUCAAGUAUAAAAGUGAAUUUCAUAUCUUGGGAAUGUGACCUCAUGUAUCAAGACGGACAGUGUUAAUAAAGGAGCCCCAGUUAUAUAAAGCUUUAUGCAAACAAUAAGUGGCCAGGUUAUACGACUGGCCGCUAAGAUGGUACCGACACUGUUGUCUGCCCUUGUAUUGAUACAUAAGGCAAUGAGUAUGUCUAGCUGCUCUACGGUGUUCACCCCUUCAUGCUAAUUUAUUUCCCUUCUUGCAUUUUCAGGGCCUAUCAUCUAGCAGUACGUACGUUAGUUAAGACAAUCACCUAUUUGUCAUCUCAUUUUCUGUAUACGGAUUUGUGAUUUGUAUGCAUUGUAAGCACAUGACAAAACUGUCUCAUUGCUUAUCUACUCCUAUUCCAUUAAAAAAUUAUCUGUGA